UCCGUGUCUCUUCGAAUUUCAUUUCCUAGGGUUUCAGAAAUUUUUUGCAUUCUAUAAAUCUAUCAGUGUUUUCCUUCUUCUGUUUCAAAACCCCAAUUUGCAAUCAUUUAGAGGUUUGGUUUUUCGCCUGACAAUGGCGCCAUCGAUUAAGCAGCAAAAGCUGGGGAAAGAUUCGGAUUCCGAGGCGCCGUCGAGCAGCCUGUGGGUGGGUAACUUGACGGCGGAGACGGUGGAUUCGGAUCUCAUGGAGAUGUUUGGCAAGUACGGGACGCUGGAUAGCGUGAGGACGUAUUCUGCACGGAGCUUCGCAUUCGUGUACUACGAGCGUGUGGAGGACGCCAAGGCGGCUAAGGAUGCGCUCCAGGGAGCAACCUUGCACGGGAACCAGAUCAAGAUCGAGUUCGCGAGACCGGCAAAACCUUGUAAGCAUCUGUGGGUAGGUGGAAUUAGCUCAAAUGUUGCCAAGGAAGAAUUGGAAGAAGAAUUUUGCAAAUUUGGUAAAAUUGAGGACUUCAGGUUCUUCAGGGAUCGCAACACCGCAUUUGUUGAAUACCUCAGAGUAGAUGAUGCUUCCCAGGCUAUGAGGAGCUUGAAUGGAAAGCGAAUUGGUGGUGAGCAGAUACGUGUGGAUUUCUUUCGGUCACAAGCUCCUAGAAGAGAUCCAGGGCCUACCUCCCAUGACCUGAGGGAUGGGCCUUUUUCUGGAAGGGGCACAGGUGACAGUCAUUCUAUGUCCAAAAAGCUGCAUUCUCAAUUGGGGGGACGAAAAGGAGAUCAGCCCAGCAAUAUUUUAUGGGUUGGCUAUCCACCAUCUCUUCAGAUAGAUGAACAGAUGUUGCACAAUGCCAUGAUCCUCUUUGGUGAGAUUGAGAGGAUAAAGAGUUUUCCUUCAAGGCAUUACUCUUUCGUCGAGUUUAGGAGUGUGGAGGAAGCUCGUCGUGCUAAGGAGGGCCUUCAGGGUCGUUUAUUUAAUGACCCAAGAAUUACUAUUAUGUUUUCAAAUAGUGAGCUUGGGCCAGGGAAAGAUUACCCUAGUAUUCAUUCAGGUAUAAAGGGACCAAGGCCUGAUGCAUUUUUCAAUGAAAAUCCCUUUAGAGCUUCACAGGUUGAUAUAUUUGCUCACAAUCACCCAGUACUGCCAAAUUCAUUUUCUGGACAAAUACCAUUGAGUGGUGUUCUAGGACCAAACCAGCUGAGGCCUCUUGGUCCUCAAGGGAGCUAUGACCCUUUGCUGUCAGGCACAGAAUACAAUGAGCUGGCUGCACGUCAUGGCAUACAGGAUGUUGAUCCAAAGAAUCUCAUGGGUCCAAAUUGGAGAAGACCAUCUCCGCCUCUUUCUUCUCCUGCUCAAAGUCUUAGGCCUCCAAUGAGACAAUCAUCUAGUUCAUUGGAUGUUUAUGAUACAAACCAGUUUCAGAGAGAGUCAAAACGUUCCAGAAUAGAGGCUUCUUUGUCUGUUGACGAUCUUGGGCAAGGGUUGGAUCGCUCAUAUGGGCUUGGUCCAGUAAUUGAUGGAAGUGUUUCUGUUCCAUUUGCAAGUGUUCAAGGCAAGAAUCGUCUAAGUCCAGUGCCUGGGAGGGUCACAGCUGGAAGUCCUGGACUUGGGCAUCCAGAUAAUGACUACAUAUGGCGUGGCAUUAUUGCCAAGGGUGGAACACCUGUUUGUCAUGCUCGAUGUGUGCCUAUCGGAAAGGGGAUAGAGACUGAGCUCCCCGACGUUGUUAAUUGUUCAGCCAGAACGGGAUUGGAUAUGCUUACAAAACACUAUGCUGAGGCCAUUGGAUUCGACAUUGUUUUCUUCUUGCCUGACAGUGAAGAUGAUUUUGCUUCCUACACUGAAUUCCUUCGCUACCUGGGUUCCAAAAAUAGAGCUGGUGUUGCCAAGUUCGAUGAUGGGACAACAUUGUUUUUGGUGCCUCCAUCAGAUUUCUUGACAAAGGUUUUAAAAGUUAUGGGACCUGAGCGGCUCUAUGGGGUUGUUCUAAAGUUACCUCCUCAGGUACCUAGUGCUGCACCAGCACCAAUUCAUCCACCUCUCCCUGCACAGUCAGAUUACAGUCUUUCACAUGUGAAGGAAGAGCAGGCUUUGCAGAUUGAUUAUGGUAGGGUUUUGCCCGAGGACUCUAAGCUGCCACCUCCAAGAUCACUGGUGCAAUCCACAACUCAGAGCCAUCUGCCUAAUAAUCCUGCAGCAGCAGCAUCCCAAAGUGGAGUUGCUUUAACACCAGAGCUCAUUGCCACUCUAGCUUCUUUGUUGCCCACAACCUCACAGUCUUCUACUUUAGGAGGUGCUCAGUCUCCACUAGCAUCUUCAACCACCCGACCUUUGACCCAAACCAUUGGAGUUAGUAAAGGACCUUUAUCACAAGGUUGGAGCCAAGACCAGCAGGCUCCUGAACCUGUAGCACAUUCUUUCCAACAAUUAGGGAAUCAGUUUAAUCCAUCAACACAACUGCCUCCAAUUCAGCAUUACCCAUCUAUACCAAGUACACCUAGCCACUCAGCCCCGCCACAAAUGAUCUUUGCCGGCAAUCAAUUUCAGGAGUCUACAGUUGGCCUGCCACAACAAGGUGCUGUAUCUUCAAGGCCACCAUCUAACUUCAAUAUGCCAUUGCAAACUUCAAAUAUUGCUGUUACUGCACCACUCAGCCAGCAGUAUCAACCUGAAGUUCCUUCAAAUCCGCACAAAGGCUAUGGGAUGAUGCAUGGAACUGAUGCAUCUGGCUUAUACAAUUCUUCACUAGCUUUUCAACAACCAGCCAAUCCAAAUGCUCCCUCUAAUCAGGUUCAUGGUGCUAAUUUUUCCCAGCCACAAAAUGCAAUGCAAUUGUCCACUGAUAAAGGAAGUUUGGAGCUUCCUAAUCAGGUUCAGCAUCUGCAAUCUGUGCAUCCUGGAGCUGGUCAGGGCACCUCAGAUGAGGUUGAUAAGAAUCAGCGCUACCAAUCAACUUUACAAUUUGCAGCUAACCUCCUCCUCCAGAUACAGCAGCAGCAACAAGCAAAUCCCCCAGGAGGGCAAGGAUCAGGGAAUUAGCCUUGAGGUUUUCUUCGUAAAGGUAAUUAUCCCUUCUAUAACUAUGUUUUGCAUGGAUGAGCACCCCUAGACAAUAGUUUUGACAAUAGUAGGUCAUAGGUGUGUUAAUUGACCAAUUUGGAGAAUGAUCUUGCUUGUUUGUGUAUGAUGAAACAGAUGAUAGUUGUUGCUUGCUUGUUGUGCUUCUUAUAGGUGGCUGCAUGUCGAUUCUGACUGCCUUUUCUUUAAAUUAAAAUUUUGUGGGCUUUAGGUUGCUCUGCAUACACUGAAAACUUAAGUGUGAUGUUUGAGGCAAUUAAUUGAUGUUUUGGUGUUUAGAUUAUGAGAGAGUAACAAGUUAUUUUUUCUUAGGCUUGGCAGUAAAGCUUAUUGUGUGCACUUCACAUGCAUUCCAUUCCUAUUGGUUACAUAUGCAUUUUUGGUGCAAGUGAUUAUGUGACUAAUCCAAUUUGAAUUUAUUUGAUUUUGGUUUUAUCUUUUCUUUCAUUCAUCUGCUUUUACCACCUGCAAUUGGUCCUUUUCCUGCUGUGUUUUUGCUUAUUAUUUAUUGUCACCGUUACCUUUACAUCUGGAUUUUGCUUCUGGAGUAAUUUUUUCCUGUCUCUUUAUGUGCUUUUUGUUAUUAAAAUGCUUUCUUUAAUAUUCUCUUGUCUGAUCUGUGGACCUGUGCUUGUUUAUUAUGAAUCUAGGAUAAACAUUCUUGAACUUCUCAAAUUGUAACUAUUAUGAGAUGUAAUUGCACUUUGUAAAACUGCGUUAUAAUUUGAAAGCCUAUCAAUUCUAAAAAAAUCUUUAGAAGUUGUGACAGAGAUUAGGUAUGUUAAGCCCUAGACUGGAUCUAGUAGUUCUUUCAAACAGGUCUUCAACUGUCUGAAAUUAUCCCCAAAUUAGUAACCUCAUUGGUUGAAUGCUGGCGAGUUUUUACGAUGUUUAACUUAAGAAAGUUCAACACAUUAAAUUAAGAACAUUCAA